AUGACGAUUCACAAACACAAAGAUAACCCUUGGCUCACAAGGCCACACAUAUCUGGACUAAUCUCUCUGCCUUCACGGGGUGUUUCUCUCGUCGCGUCAUGUUCCGGCCCUCCUGUAGCAAGACGACGGCGGCACCCUACCGACGAUGACGACAAGGACGACCCAAUCGUCAUCUUCUUCACGGGCGCCGGUGGACCUUUGGCUCUCUACGUCAAAGUCCAACAGUGUCUGUCCGCCUUCGUGAGGGCUUUUUUGUUUGACCGCGCCGGCUACGAUCGCAGCUCGCUCCGGGAUAACGACAACGGACCGUUGCUCGCCGAGGACGGUGCGCUGGACCUCGCUUGCCUCUUGGACACGUUGGACAUAUCGCCGCCGUACGUUCUGGUUGGACAUUCAUUCGGUGGAAUCUGUCUUCGCGAGUUUCUGAACGUUAUCGUUGCCUCGAAUGAGGGGGCCGAGCCGGAGUGUACGCCUUCACCAACGAGCACGGAUCCUAUCUUAGAGAAGAACGGCAACGGCAACGGCAAGCGUCUCGAGGAGAACCGUACGAUGACGAGGCGAAAAUCUAACCCUCUCAAGGAUGUAAUUGCCGGAAUCGUCCUUGUCGACACCGCCACCGAGUUGAUGUUGUCUCUGUAUCCUCGCGUCCCGGCGGCCGAGCUCGUUGCCGUGGCCGCGGAUGUCGACUGGGAGCGCGUGACGCACCUGCGCGAACAGUCUGGCAUGACCGACCGGGAGUGGGACGAUGCCAUCGCUGCCGCGGUGCGGACGAGGCACAAAGUCGCCGGCAUGGAAGAUACGCACCUCAGCGCGUGGCGCUUGGCCCAGAAACGACAGCUCGAGUUGCAGACUUACAAAGGUGGCAUCUUGAGCGUAGUGCGGUGUAAUAGUGCCGUGGACUAUCAGAGGAUGUACGACGAAGGGGUCAAGAUCGGGGGAGGGACCGACGAGGAAAGAGCAAGAGCGAGGAUGUUUAUCGACAAGUGGAGAACUUUUGCACACGAGGUUUCAAAAGCACAGUUGGACCUUGUCGAAGACGAGGAUACCAAAAGGUAUGCGUACCUUGAUGGGUUCGGGCACGAUGGACUGUUGAGAAAGAGGGAGAUGGUAGGUGAUCCUGUACGGUGGGUUUUGAGUGAGUGGCACAAAAGGAGGCCCGGAACCCUUGGAGGAAGAGGAUUUGGAUGAUGGAUGGGGCUAUAAUGAAAAUAGAGGAGUUCUUUGAGAGGUUGACUCGUACCCAGCAAUCUAAGGGUGGAUAUGUGACGAUGAUGUGGAUAGAUCAUGGACGGCAACAAAAAGGAAGUACAUCCACACAUGGGUUACGUCCUUACGAAGGGGAAUCUCUGAUGUGCUACCGAGGAGGGCAUCUAACGAACACACGAUGUGAUAUGGUGGUUCGGUAUGAAACGGCAAGGCAAAGCAAAGCCAAGGAAGGCAAGGAAUGAAGCACACAGAAAGAACGAACUUUGCCAGUUCUAUCGUCAUUGAAAUUCACGAUAUAUCUCGAUCUUCACCAUGGAAGAAACGGAGGAUUGCACCCGCAACAAGAAUCCCAUCGUGUUUCAACUCGGCCGUUUCUUUCCGUGCCUCUGCGAACCUCGAGUCCUUGAUCCCGCCGUUCUCGACCCGCAUGUCGACCUGUCUUCUCACCAUGUCCUCGUCGAACCCCAAAUGGCCCUGGGACGUGAAGAGCCGGUCGCGCAGGUACAGCCCUUGGAUACGCGUGUGAUCCGUCGU